GGGCACCGUCCCCUUUUUUUGGGUCUGGAUUAUCCCUCUUCCAACCGAGUUGGGGUUUAUUUAUUUUUCCGUCGCCCGGUCCCACUUCCUUUUCCGUUGAACUCAGUGAGUGAGUGAUUCUCGUCGAUUCGUGAUGGCGCCGCGUAAAGGAAAGAAGGAGAAAACCGAGGAGGUCCAGGUCCAAUUGGGUCCGCAAGUGCGCGAAGGCGUGGAAGUGUUUGGCGUGGCCCACAUCUAUGCCUCCUACAACGACACCUUUGUCCACGUGACCGAUCUGUCCGGACGGGAGACCCUGUGCCGUGUGACCGGUGGUAUGAAGGUGAAGGCGGAUCGUGACGAGUCGUCUCCGUACGCGGCCAUGUUGGCCGCUCAGGACGUGUCCGAGAAGAUCAAGACCCUCGGCAUCACCGCCCUUCACAUCAAGUUGAGGGCCGUCGGCGGCAACCGAACCAAAAUGCCCGGACCCGGCGCUCAAGGAGCUCUCCGUGCUUUGGCCCGUUCUGGAAUGAAGAUCGGCCGCAUCGAGGACGUCACGCCCGUUCCCUCCGAUUCGACCCGCAAGAAGGGCGGUCGGCGUGGUCGCCGAUUGUAAAGUGCUCCUCGCCCGAAAGAGUGGCCGCUCUUUACUUCUAUUUCUCUUCGACAUCAACGACGGUGGCUUCCGCGUGUGUGACCGUGCAGUGUUCUAUCAUCUUGUCACUGCUUGGCUCGAAUAAAUCACAAGAAAUAAAACCACUUUCAAAUAGCCA